ACACCCCUAUCUCGUCGCGUCGGCGGGCCAUUGACAUUCCCACUCCCACCACCGUCGGAUCAACCGCGCCCCCUGCCUCCCGGAGACCGCGGCCUCGCCGACGAUGGGCUUCUUACGCCGGAUCGCCGGCUUACUCGGGAUCUCCCGGGACGACGCCGACCACCCCGACUCCUCAUCCUCCUCCGCCGCCGCCGCGGAAUUCCCGCAGGACAGGGCAGCGGCUGCGGCGGCGGCUGCGGCCCACGGCGCGAGGCGGGGGUUCAGCGUCCAGGUUCCCGUCCCUGUCGAGCGGCAGGGGCCCGGGCCCGUGCUGGUGCCCUGCCCCCAGGGGGACGGCGGCGUGCAGGGCUUUCGGUGGUAUACAAGGAGGCUGAGGAUUGAUGAAGACGGGGACGUAGCUGAUGAGUUCUUGGACGAGGUUAUCCCGGAAAGUUCGAUCAACAAUGACGCAGGCCCUGUCGGAAGGUUCCAAGUGAAAUACAACACGAAACCAACCAGUCUAGCCCUGAAAAAGCAGAUUGUCGCCAUCGACGGCGACAUCCGCCAUAGCUUGGAACACCAAGGGCAACUGCGGUGGGUGUGAGUGGAUAUGUAAUCCUGACCUCUGCUGUUCGCGCCGCCCAGGAACUAAUGCACCCAUGAUUCCUCGUUCAGUGUGUUUGGGAUGGCUCAUCUCAUGGUGAUCACUAGAUCCCUUGUACCACUAUUACUUGUACAUUAUUGCACCGAACGAUGACAGAAGUAAACAAACUCCUGCUGGAAAUGUAGAAUGAGUAGUGUGCUUGCCAGUGGAGCCAUUGGAUCCUGCCAUCUCAUGUACGGAGUAUGCAGCGACUGACAAAGACUGAUGAAGUGUGUGAAUGUGUAUCUUCGUUUCCCCAUUCA